AUGGCGCCCGAGUUUUUGCAAUCGCUUUCCGACGGAUACGAGGCUGAGGAGCUUCGGCUCAAGGAGUCUGGUGACGAUGAAGCAGAGGACCUGGGGCUUGCGGCUGAGGCCGUGGCCGAUGUUGUAGAGGUGCUGGAGCUGGCCGCUGCCGCUGCAGAGUUGCACGAAGUAACUAAUCGGGUGUUCGUACCUAGGAGCAUUUCCUGCACAACCCUGGCAUGUAAGAACAGUUCGCCCGCCGAUGCAGGAGAUGUGCUCUGGGUCGAGAUUAAUGCUCGACAUCGUUUGCUCUCUUUAAACUGUUGA